GCCUUCAGAAGAAGCGCAGCUACUGCUGCGCAAAGUGCACGCGCAGUCACUCGCCAGCAAACAAGACGUCACGCCCACCACGAAGCCCCGGCCGCUGGCAGCAUCAAAUACCCAGAAGAUGAGAAGCUCGGAAGCGGAUUCUUCAUGGCCAUGUCCCUUAUCCCGAUCGGCUACCUCAUGUACCAAUUCGCUGGCCCGGGCAACUACGAGCACAAGUACCUCACCCGCGUCAUCAACAGCUACGACCAUUACCGCAAGGACGCAGCUCAUAUCGCCGCUCUUCACACCGACGCCCUUGAGCAGGCUGCUGCAGACCGCAACCUGUUUGCCAACACCCAGCGCGCCCAGAACGUCACGCUGAAGUUCCCCGAGUACCACGGCAUCAGGAAAAGAAGNAUCCUUAACACCGGAGCCCCUCACAACGUGCCCGCCGGCCACUACGCCGAUAUGUCACAAGUUAUUGCCAAGUUCGAGAAGGAGGCACAUGAGGCCAAUGCAAAGAAGCUGCAGCAGAUCAAGGACAACGCUGUCCCCAGCGAGCACCCCUUCAAGGGUAACCUUCCCACUGGCGUUGAGACUGUGUUGAUGUAG